GUUGACAAUUUCCCGACUGCCCUGACGUCAGGUGUUCCUUUUUUCUUUGCGGAACCGUUAAUCAGCCAGUCGUUCUCCGACUGCGCUGGUAAGCUUUCAAGCGCCACUUCGUUUUUGCGACUGCGACACUAAAUAUCGUUGUCGGGUCUACAGUUCUUCUUGAUACCUUUUUCUUAUACCAGACCUUGUCAUUAUGUCUGUGGCCUCAUUGAGCCGGGAUACUGCCUUCCAGGCACGGUCGUUGUUCCGUUCCCUCCUCCGUCAAUCGUCGCAAUUCUCUGCCUUCAACUUCCGUGAAUAUGCCCGCCGGAGGACGAGGGAUGCUUUUCGUGAGCACCAGAAUGAGUCGGAGGACAGGAGGAUCCAGGAAUUGUUUCAGGAGGGAUUGCAGAACUUGCGGAUGAUGAAGAGACAAACGAUCAUCAGCCAGUUCUACCAGUUCGACAAGUUGGUUGUGGAGGGUCAGGAGACGGGGAAACAAACAGGGGGAGAAGGUGAUAUCGUCCGCCAGAAGGAUACUGGCUGGGACUAAGCCGCGCACUUGUACCGUUUCUUUUCGCAGCCUGCAUUGAGGUUUGAAUAAAAAUAUGAUUUUGCGUUAUCGUUUCUAUGAUCGAAGGCAUUGUGGGGAAGUACCGAAGUGAAUAGACUGAGCUGCCUUGUAUUUCUACCGAGACGUCCUGGUGUUACUUAACUUACCACGAGCAUCAAGUUCAACUCUCUACUCAUGAAUAUAUUGUCCAGCGUAAUCUAUGUGGCUUUACAUGGGUGUGAACCCCG